AUGCAAAAAGCCGUUGCUGGUACAGUGCAGAGAGCCGGUGAGGCAGUGGCUGGUGGUGCCAUGGCGACGAACAAGAAGGUCCAAAACAUGAAGCCGGAGACAUUCGAUCCCAGUGAAUCGGACCGCAUUACCAGUGAUUUUGGGGUGUUGCAGCAUAACACCGAUGUUUGGCUUAAGGCUUCGACUGGCGAUAAACAGGGUCCAGCGUUGUUGGAGGAUAACUUUGCAAGGGAGAAGAUUAUGAGAUUUGACCAUGAACGCAUCCCAGAACGAGUUGUCCAUGCUCGUGGAUCGGGAGCUUUUGGCACGUUCAAGUUGUAUGAGAGCGCCGAGGAUGUUACCAGUGCUGGUGUUCUCACCGACACAUCGCGGACUACGCCAGUUUUCGUCCGAUUCUCGACCGUUUUAGGAUCUAGGGGUAGCUCUGACACCGUUCGGGAUGUUCGAGGCUUUGCCGUUAAAUUAUAUACGGAGGAAGGUAAUUGGGACAUUGUUGGAAAUGAUAUACCGGUUUUCUUCAUCCAGGAUGCUAUUAAAUUUCCAGAUGUCAUCCACGCAGGCAAACCUGAACCCCAAACAGAGAUACCGCAGGCUCAGUCCGCCCAUAAUAACUUCUGGGACUUCCAAUACAUGCAUAAGGAGGCCACUCACAUGUUCAUGUGGGCGAUGAGCGAUCGUGGGAUCCCACGAUCUUUCCGCAUGAUGCAAGGAUUUGGUGUCAAUACUUUCACCCUCAUUAACAAGGAAGGUGUUCGGUCUUUCGUGAAAUUCCACUGGACUCCUACCAUUGGUGUCCAUUCUUUGGUCUGGGACGAGGCUCUCAAGAUCUCUGGACAGGAUCCAGAUUACCACCGCAGGGAUCUCUAUACCGCGAUCGAGAAUGGUGUUUACCCAACCUGGAAGUUUGGGAUCCAGAUUUGUCCCGAAUCUCGUGCCGAUGAGUUCGACUUUGAUAUCCUUGAUGCUACCAAGAUCUGGCCUGAGGAGGUUUUCCCCGUGCGCUAUAUUGGAGAGAUGGAACUAAACAGGAACGUUGACGAGUUCUUCCCCCAGAUUGAACAAGUAGCAUUCUGUACCGCUCAUAUUGUACCUGGGAUCGGGUUUUCUGAUGAUCCUCUUCUCCAAGGCCGCAACUUUUCGUACUUUGAUACUCAGAUCUCCCGGUUAGGUGUAAACUUCCAAGAACUGCCUGUCAACCGCCCCGUCUGUCCCGUAAUGAACCACCACCGAGACGGAGCGCUCCGUCACCGAAUCACCAAAGGCCAAUUCAACUACUGGCCAAAUCGUGGAUCCGUGGUCCCACCUGGAACCAUCUCAGAAGGCGCAUACGUCGACUAUCCCCAGAAGGUCGUGGCCAUGAAGCAGCGCCUCAACUCGGUCAAAUUCUCAGAGCAUGUAAACCAAGCCCAACUCUUCUGGAACUCGAUGGCUCCACAUGAGAAACUACACAUCAUCAAGGCACUUAGUUUUGAGCUAUCCAAGUGCGAGGACCCGAUCGUAUACGAGCGCCUAGUCGAGCGUCUCGCCGAGAUCAGUCUGGAGCUCGCCCAAGCCGUAUCAGAUAAAGUCGGCGCUCCGAAACCAGAGCAAGAAUCCCGUCCCAACCAUGGCAAGAAAUCCGCGGCCCUGUCACAAGGGCAUUUUGCACCAGAAGCACUUGGUUACCAACCCACGAUUGCAUCACGCAUGGUCGCCAUCAUCGUCGGUGACGGCUUCAACUUCGCUGAAUACGAAGCUGUGAAGGGUGCUCUUAGUGCAGCUAAUGCAUUCUGCUUCACCAUCGGCCCACGCAAAUCUGAAAUCAAGAGCUCAGGCAAGAGCGUCAAACCAGAUCACCACUUUGAAAGCAUGAGGAGCACGCUCUUCGACUCUAUAUAUAUCCCUGGCGGAGAGCAUAUUACCACGCUCAUCAAACAAGGCCGCGUACUUCAUUGGAUCCGCGAAGCCUUUGGGCACUGCAAGACCAUUGGCGCUUCUGGAGAUGGUGUCAAGAUCGUAAAAGCUGCCAUUGGGAUUGAGGGUAUGCGGUUUAGUGAAAGUGGGGAUGGAGAGGUUGUGGACUGCUAUGGUGUUGUUACAUCGGCGGGAGGGAAGAUCAGUGUAGGCAACGCUUUGAAGAUGGCUAAGGGGGCGAAAAGCUUUUUGGAUGCUUAUGCGUAUAAUAUUUCUCUGCAUAGGAAUUACCAGCGUGAGUUGGAUGGUUUGACCGAAUUGGUUGCUUAUUAG